UUUUAUUUAAAAUAUUACUUUAGUAGAAUGAAAAUCUAUGGCCAAUAUGAGUAUUACUAGUAAUGGAGAGAAUGGUGUCAUUGUAUCCGGGCAGACGAUCUUCAGUUUAAGUAAGAAUUCAAUAGCAUUUCAUGGAAAGGAGCGACUAUACACCGAGCUUGGCUCUGGUGGCCGCACAAUUAGCCGGUGUUUGACCACUUACGAGUGCCAGCUUGAGGACGAUGUAGAGCAACUGCAAGAGGCGCUUUUCAAAAUAUCUUCCCACUAUGCCAAGAUUCAGUUUGGACUGCGCCAGGUAGCCUCGGCUUCGUCCAGUGAAAGGGACAGCCUACUUAAAGAUUUAGAGGAUUUGACGUCCCAGGGUCUGGAUGAUACUGAACAUAGUCUGGACUACACAUCUUCCACACAAGUUAAAAUUCGUGUUAAGCAAAACAACAUACUCUGCCAAUUGCGAGAACGUCUCGAGGAAUUGGAAAUUGGAGUUUGCUUUCAGCAGGAUUGUUGUCCUGUAGAAAGCAGAUCCAUGAUUACUUGCGAGGGUGCUACGAACAAUACUACCUUGUGUAACAUUGUGGACCAGGACGGUGGGAAAACCCAAGAAUGUGGUUUCAAGGCUGUGGGAAAAAGCAGGCCUGUCGGUCGAAACAUGCAACUUGGCCUGUACGAUAUGGAAUCCAAAAAACAAGACCUACGGUUGGGUAAAGAGUCAUAGACCUCAUGCAUACGCGAAUAAAAAAAAAAAGGAAAGGAGAAAAUACCUUGCAAUAAAAUACGCUACGCAAACACAAUAUCAUGAGACCGAGAAACAACAUAAAGAACAACAAAUGACGAAGCAUUUAGUUUGGCACGUGAAAACGCGUUCAAGAGCUGAAGGUUGUAUGUCAUAAAUAAGACGAAGAAAGAUGACAAGCAUUGAAAUGUGAUAUUGUAUUUUAUUGCACCCAAAAAAAAUGUGUUAUGCUA